UGUACGGACGAGACCUACAAAUGGACUGAUUUUGAAGUGACAAACGCCGAGAGAAUGGGUUCAGUACUGGUCUAUAAGGACUCCAUUGUGUCCAACACUAGAAAGUCAGUCAAUCUAAUGGUAUUGUGUGACUGCUAUUCAGCGCCGAUAGUCAAUCAGUUCAGACAUCACGAGGAACUGGUGCUCGUAUUGGACGAGGAGUGGACGCAAUACUACUUACUGUCGGAGUUGACUGAAACGACUUUCGAUGAAAAGCAAACCAAUUCAUUGAUACUUCAAUUGUAUUCAAUUCUGGAGUACAUGGAGAACAAUGGCUCCAAUCAAUUGCCCGCAGAUAUCAUUAACACAAUUAUUAUCUCCGCUUCAGAGGAGGACAUCCUCCUAAUAGUACCCAUGAAUACGAGUACAUCCACUCCAUUAGCUAAUAGUAAUGAGAGCGCCGACACCUCCGACACUCACAUAACACUUCACCAGUUUUUAUGGCAAUUAUUGGCGAAACUAUUGCCGAACUCGUUGUUCGCAUCGGUAGGUCAUGUCCUGAGUCAGCCGUCCGUACGAAUACGUUACUCGAAAACCAUUGUCCAGUUAAUCGCCUUUCAUAUACCGGUGCACGAGAUCAGCGCCAACACUACCAGCGAUUAUGACACUGACCUACAAAUCAACUACUGCAUUGAUUUGAUCCGUAACUCCAUUGCCUUCAUUAAUAGCAGCGCUAAUGAUAUAAAGCCUAUAAAUUAG